UUUCACAACCGAGCCCACUCUCUCCAUUUACCUCUGUCUCUCUCUCUCUCUCUCCGAAAAACUAAUUUUACAGAGAGAGAGUGAGACCCUAGUGUGAAAAAAUGGGAGGGUGUUCAUCCAAGUCAAUGCUAAGAAAUGUGGAGGAGGACGUCGACGACGACGUUCCUCUUCCGAUGCCGGAAAAUGAAGUGACUUUGACCAACGCGGAAGAGGCCGUUGCCCCGGCCGAAAAGGCCGAAGAGGAGACAUGCGCGGUCGAGCAUGAGCACAGUGUCGAACUAGAACUCGAGGAACUAGAACUCAAGCAAAUGAAGCAAGAAGACACCCUCGAGGCAGAGAAGGAAGAAAUUGCUACUGGGAGCCUGAUAACCGAAACCACGAGUGACGAAAAUAUAACAGGGAUAUCACCUUCUGAAGAGAAUAAUACAGAAGAAGAAGUCCAAGAACUCGUUGAGACACCCGAACCAUCCGCUUCUGACGAGAAAGAAGCAGAAGCCUUGCCCGAAACUCCAGAGAAGAUCGAGCCAGAAGCAGAAGCAGAAGCCUCGCCCGAAACUCCAGAGGAGAUUGAGCUAGAAGCAGAAGCCUCGCCCGAAACCCCAGAGGAGAUCGAGCCAGAAGCCGAAGCUUGUGUUGAAGAGGAGGAAGGCGUCGUCAGCCCUGUAGAGGAGGCCGAAAAACAAAUUGAGAUUGAAGUCUCUGAGAAAGAAACUGAGACAUCACAAGUAGCUGAAGCGGCUGAGGAAAGUAAUGAAACGACAACUCAUGAGGAGGCAGUGGAGGAGGCGAAGAAGGUCGAGGAGGAGCAACCCACUCCUCUGAGGUCGAGGUUUAGGCUGUGGUUCUAGACCUCCACCAUCGUUUUCCAUUUUCCUCUUUGCCAUUCACAUCAUAUCCUCUAAAAAAAUUUUCCACUGUUUUAUUACCAUGUUUUUGAAGAUUCAUAGCUGAAAAUUGCUUCUUCUAGAAUAAAAUUUCUGAUCCUUGGUUUGGAUUCAUUUU